AGCAACACUUCGAGAUCUAACUCCAGUCCAGAACCCAGAAACCUCAAACUUUGCUUCUUCCAGUUCUUGGAUUAGUUCUCAUAUGAGGUUAGCUUAACAUACAUCAACCAAUGUCAAUCUCAACUAUAAACAAGAGGGUCCGGCGGGUGCCUCGUCUACCCUCUCCGGCCAAGAUUAAUUUCAACUUGAGCAAGAUACAGAGGAUUAGUGAGCCUGGGUCAAACAUUGUAGACCGAAUCAGUGCCUUACCAGAUGAGAUUCUUGUGAACAUAGUGGCCUUCUUGCCACUAGAUGAAGCACAGGCCACAAGUAUUCUUUCUAGGCGAUGGCAUCAUAUAUGGAAGUUUUCCGUGGAGGAAACUAUGACUCUCAACUUUGAUGCCGAUAAACAUUUGUCCAAUUUCGCAUCCCGGGAAGAGUUGUCAAUUCGUCAAUAUGUCUUCUGGGUGGAUACCGUGGUGAACCAGUAUAGAGGCCGAAAGUUGAAGCAGUUCAGGGUUUGUUAUGAUUUGGACAGCAAAUUUUCAACUUCUAUUGAUGCAUGGAUCCGGUUUGCAAUGACAAAGGGAGUUGAAAUGCUUGAGUUAGACUUGUUAGAAUAUGGCGUUUCUCGUCGUUGGGAGCAUCCAAUAUAUUCGUUUCCCAACAGAGAUUUAGGCAUUGGCAAUUGGAAGCACAUCUGUUCUGAUGUUCCUAGGUUAAGUCCUAGUUCAUACAUUGGCUUUAAGUCCCUUAAAGUUCUUAGUUUGAAAUGUGUUGACGUGGAUGGACAAGUUAUUGAGUACAUGUUGUCUAACUGUCCAGUUCUUGAACGAUUGUCACUAGUUUACUCCUCAAAUUUGGUUAGUCUGAGAGUUGCAGGUCCGUCAAUUGCAUUGAAGUACUUAGAAGUACGAGGAUGUGCUAAACUUGAGAGCGUUGAGAUCCGUGACACAAACCUUGUUUCUUUUGUUUAUUACGGAGAUGAGAUACACCUAAUAAUUAGAAACGUACCACUCCUUGUUGAGGUAUCAAUUUGUGAGUCUUGCCAUGAUGAUUACAUACAAGUUGUGUUCACCCAACUCGCAUGCUGUUUUUCUCAACUAAAGAUUUUGAAGCUAAUUGAUGUCAUACUGCCCUACAAGAGGAAUCCUGUAUUUCCUAUAUUCACAAAUCUCAAGCACUUGGAACUAAGAUUUGAUGCAGAUGAUGAUUGCAUUCUUCUUCAUCUAUCUUCUUUUAUUAAGGCAUCCCCUUGCUUGCACAAACUUGUGCUGGAGUUGUACCCUCUAAUAUAUCAAAGGGUAACAGAACUUAAAAAAGCUGCCAAAUUUACCCAUGAUUGCCUAAGGGUAGUGGAAAUAUUUGGAUAUCAAGGACUCAAAUGUGAUUGUGAGUUGGUCAAGUUCUUGGAGGAGAUUGCUGUGAAUUUGGAAGAAAUUGUUACUGAUGCUGCUCAUCCUGCUGAACGACAUUACUGUUUCCCUAAACACAGACGAAAGCCAGCAAUUGAAGAGGUGGUGAGGAUAGAUGAGUCAAUUUAUGAUUCUGGUAAAAUGCUGAAGAAAGCAGUCCUUCGACUUAGGAAUUGAUUCUUUAGGAGAGUGAAGCGGUGAACUUGCUUAAGUUAUCUAUAGACAUCAACCGUUAGAUAUUGAAGUCUUAAAUUCUUGAUGUCAAUGAAGCUCAAAUUGGUGUUUCGUAUAUAGUAGAAAGUCAAGGUUUUUGAUUUGGUUGUUGCUGAUGGGUCUUGGAUUCGGGUUCCAUACUUGUAAGCAGCGAAGGAGCUCUGGCGAGAGAAGAGCGGUGUAUUGAUUAUGUGAUGGUUCAUUAUUGAUUAUGUGAUUAUGUGGUGGCUUUCUUCUGGAAAGGUCUCAUGCUUGACUUGCAAAAAGGGCUCAGCUUUUUAUGGGUUUUGCUUGAGAGAAGAAGGAAACGUUCUGUGCUGUAGUCUGGUGAUCCAAUGUAAAAAAUUCAGGAGGUUGCUUGACGUGUAAUAUAAACUGGGCUGGAGGAAUAAUCGGACAGAGUUGGACAUCGUUUCAAAUGAAGCUUGAAGCUUGGCCCGGUGUCUUGUAACUAAUGUUGGUAAUAUGUCUAGAUACAAAUGCUGAUGUAGUUAGCAAGCAACGCAAAUGCU